AUCCUGGUAAAUGUGGGCAAUUUUUUCACGUUGGAGUCUGUCUUUGUAGCACCAAGAAAAGGAAUUUACAGCUUCAGUUUUCACGUAAUUAAAGUCUAUCAGAGUCAAACAAUUCAGGUGAAUUUGAUGCUGAACGGAAAGCCAGUCAUUUCUGCUUUUGCCGGGGACAAGGACGUCACACGUGAAGCUGCCACUAAUGGAGUCCUGCUUUAUCUAGACAAGGAGGAUAAGGUUUACCUGAAAUUGGAGAAAGGUAAUCUGGUCGGUGGAUGGCAGUAUUCUACGUUUUCUGGCUUUCUGGUCUUUCCCCUGUAAAGUCAAUUUUCCUGUGACAUUCAUCCAGGUGUGGACUCAUCAUUGCCUCUGUUACAUGAAGAUCAUUUUGUCAUCAUGGGAUUGAUGUUUCUUUAUUGGUUUUUCAUGGGUGAAUAUGGAUUCUCUUUAUGGAUUUUGGCCCCAUCUGAACUACUCAGAAGUUUCACAGAAUUUUGUGUGUUUAACUACAAUAUAUUUGGAUUGAGACUAAAGCAGACAAUAAAUAUCUAUGCUUAAUGUUACAGUCUAAAGCUGCCUGCAAGAUUUAUUCAUUUACUGGACUUACUGGAUUCAUGGGAGAAGUGGAUUUUCUUUAAUUCUGAAAAGACUGGCAACCAGGUCUAUAAUUUAGGAGAGUUUGAGUUCAGACUUCAAUCAAGAGUUAGUGUGUUGCUGCCAAAGAACUGUAUAUUCAUA